UCUCCUGCCCUCGUCCUCUCGCCUUUGCCGCCGCCUCCCGGCGGAGAGCGGCCCCCCGGCCGUGAGGGGCGCGGCCCACACGCGGGGAGCGCCGCCCUGCUGAGCGGGGACUGCCCGCUGCAAGCCCCGGCAAGCCGGGUCUGCUCUGGAAUUUCCAGAACUUGUAUGGUUUUGAAAUUGAAUAAAAGACUGGAAAUCGGAAUAAUCUUCACAUUUCUUAUAAUAAGAAUAAGAUAAUAAGAAUAAGAAGUAACAAUGGAACGAAGGCAAAGAGGAGUUAGUGCUGGACUGCUUUUGCUGCUUUAUCAAAUUUCUCAAGUUGGACUCCAGAACAUUCCUUCUGUUACCCUUGGGGUACUUCUACUGAAUAUUUUUCUCUUUCUGAAUCCUUUGAAACCACUGUCUGAAGUGUGUCUCAGUGUAAAUGAAGCUGUCCACAGAAAGAACUGGCAGCGUUUGCUACUUGCUCCUUUCCACCAUGCAGAUGAUUGGCAUUUGUAUUAUAACAUGAUUUCCAUGCUUUGGAAGGGCAUAAAGCUGGAAAAAAAGCUGAAGAGCAUAUGGUUUGCCUACAUUAUUGCAGUAUUUUCAGUACUGAUUGGAGUAGUUUACAUGGUGCUGGAGCUCCUGCUUGUGAUAAUUCUGGAUGAUCAUUCCUAUGAAAUGAAUUGUGGUGUAGGUUUUUCAGGAGUCUUGUUUGCUUUGAAAGUUCUAAACAACCAUUAUAAUCCAGGAAGAGUGAGCAAUAUCUUUGGAUUGCCGAUAGCUAGUAAAUAUGCUUGUUGGGUGGAGCUGGUGGCUAUUCAUUUAAUCUCCCCAGGGACUUCUUUUGCUGGGCAUCUGUCAGGGAUUCUUGUUGGAUUGAUGUACACUAUGGGACCUCUGAAAAAAAUCAUGCAAGCCUGUGCAGCUGGCUUUUCUUUCUUCACUGAACCUGACAGGCCAAGGAAUCACUAUUCAGAGUAUUAUGGCUAUUAUCCAGAUUAUCAACACAGAACUCCAAGGAACUACUUUGAUUAUACAGGUGGGCUCACUGAAGAAGAACAGCUUGAAAGGGCAGUGCUAAACAGCCUUAAUGAAAGAGAUUUUGGUGGAGGAACACACAGGAAUGAGCAGCAACCUUAUGGGUUUUGGUUCCCACCUGAGAACUCAGAAGAGGACAUGAGAAGGCGAAGGCUUCGUAGGUUUGACAGACGAUGAAGUUGGCAGGUGUUGAUGUAAAUUGUAAAGUGCCAUUCAGACUUAAAAAAAUACUUACAGAUUUAUUUGUAAUCUGUAAUUUACAGAGUAAUUUAUAAUCUUUCUUCCAUUAUUUUUACUACUUGUUGCAAAACUGCAUAGGAUUUUGUGAGUUCAGAGACUCAAAGUUGGAACUUGAAUAAGAAAUGUGAGAUAAGAAUCAAAAUGUGAUCUUUGCCUGUCUCCAUCUUAAUGCACCUUAAAUGGAAGAAGACUGAUGAUUUUACCAAACUGUCUUUUUUCCUUAAAUUAUUUUGUAUAGCUUUAAGAAUUCCUUGGCUUCUUGACUGCUGAUGUUCUCAGACAACAGACUUUCUUCAUCCAUUGCAGAUGAAAUGUUACAUUUUCUAUGUAACAUUAAAACUAUGCAAUUUUUCCUUAUGAACCUUUCUCAGGUAUCUGUGAUGACCAGCUCAUUUUUUGGGAUUGCCAUGUGAAUGACACUUGAAAAGAUUGCUUUGAUGACAGUGGUUGGGCCAUGUCAGUUGAGUCUAGGUUUAAGCUUUUGAGCAGACAAAUAGUUGCAGCUAUCCUUUCCCUGCUGUCCUUACUGUAAUACAAACUUCAGUGUUGCAGUCUUCCUCACACCAUAUUGUACAGAGCUCAGAUGUGAUAAAACUGAGUUGUAACUACUUAUGUUUUCCUAAAGCCUUUCUUUUUAUGUUUUAAAUCAAAAACUGCUGCCCUUUAGAGAGCUGAAACAAUUUGUUAGGAGUUUUUUGUAAAGGUAUGUGGCUAUGCCAUACAAAGUAUAUAUUUGUUUAGUAAUAUACCUUUUUUAAGUGUCUGGUUCACUUUUUAAGAAGGCUUGGAAAUUUUAUUUUGUAUAUGCUGUUCAUGCAGUUUUAAAAAUUCCACUAUUUCUCAAUAUUUAUCUUCUUUGAAGACCAGUAUCAGACCUGAGGGUUUGUAGACCUGUGGAGAUCAUGCCUAAACACAGGGUACCUUGAAUUCUUCACUUUCAAGAAUUUCCUUACCCAACCAGAGGAGUUGACAUGAGGCCUGAGAGCUCAGGGUUGUCCCUCAGGGCACACCUCCACACAGGGCUGUCCUGCCUGUGGCACUGCUGCCUGUUAAUGGUAACUGAUGAACCUCAAGGGCUUUGGUUCCAGUACUGCCCUGAAAAAUCACUCAUUGUGUGGCAUUUUAUCCUCAGAAUAAAAGAAUUUGCAAACUAUCGCAGAGAGGUGUCAUUGCAGAGGAAUAAUUUGGUUAUUGGCCUUUGGCACAGACCUGUUGGAAUCUCCUCAUCAGCACUGAUGGAGUAGAGGAUUAGGAUAAGCAGUUUAAGGGUUUCACCAACCUGUGCUUUAUGAAGUCUACUUUUCUAUGAGGUUGUUUUUUUUAAUAUAAAAAACAGUGCUGUGUAUUUCAUACAGAAAAACAUCCUAAAAGGAUUUUUUUUUUUUCUAUGUUCUUUAAAUAAAUGCCACCUACUCUUUUUGUUUGUAGCUAAUGUAUGUAGGGGAAGCUCUUGUUUGCUGCAGACUUUGGGCUUUGGGUUUUGGGACACAAUAGGCACAACUGCAAUGGGACUCCAGGUACAAACAGAAUUCUGAUUCCUGGUAUGUUCUUGGGCUUGGUUGGUUUUGUAUAUAUGCAGUAGUCAUAGAAUAAAACAGCAGACACUUUUACAGAA